ACCAAGUAGGAAGCAGCGCACAGACGAGUUUGACGGAUUAUGUGGACAUAUCAGAGAGCGAAAGCAGCUGCUUUCGAAUGAUUUAUUCGGACUGUAUGUACUCGCGGAAAGAGGGAAGUCUUUUUAAAUGGAAGGCUGACAGCUUAAAGGGAAGAAAACAGUAAUUUAGUUUACAUUUGAGUGCAUGUAUUGAAAACUGAGCGACAAUGAUGUCAGAAUGCGACCCGACAGAAACAGAGACCAGCGAGCCAGUGCUGGACACCGGAGCAACAGCGGUGCCUACUUCGGAAUGUAACUUUCACUCCUCGGACCCUCCAAAGGUAUUAUUUGACAGGAGUCGUCUAGGUUUGGGGCUGGCGGCGAACCCUGGAGUCGCCGUUCGUAUUUCGGACUCUUGUGAGAGCGUCUUGACCGAGCUGGAGACGGACGGCUCCGGUGAAGAGGCGCUGUUGUUACCGUGCUUAGCAGGAAGCUCGUCGUCUCCGCGGGCUGCGCGAGAGAAGCGGAGCAGGCGGAACAGACACAGCUCGUCGUCGGACAAAGACACCUUGGCCUCCCCAGGUACCAACAGUGGGGACUUCAACCAUUUCCCUGACGAUCCCGAGUUUGCAGACAUUAUCCAAAGGGCGGAACAGGCUAUCGAGAAUGGCGUCUUUCCAGAGAGGAUUUCCCAGGGUUCCAGCGGGAGCUACUUUGUCAAAGACCCAAAAGGGAAAAUCAUUGGUGUUUUUAAACCAAAGUCAGAGGAACCUUACGGUCACCUGAACCCCAAAUGGACCAAAUAUUUUCACAAGCUGUGCUGUCCGUGUUGUUUCGGCCGAGGCUGCUUGUUGCCUAACCAGGGUUACCUCUCAGAGGCUGCUGCCUCGCUGGUCGAUACCAAGCUUGGCCUUGGAGUGGUGCCAAGAACGAAGGUGGUGUUUCUGGCUAGUGAGACAUUCCACUACAGCGCCAUUGACAGAGCCAAGUCCAGGGGGAAGAAGUACGCCUUAGAGAAAGUCCCCAAGGUGGGACGACGCUUCCACAGAGUGGGCCUGCCACCCAAGGUGGGCUCAUUUCAGCUGUUUGUGGAGGGUUACCGUGAAGCAGACUACUGGCUGCGGCGCUUUGAGGCAGAGCCUCUGCCAGAGAACAUCAGGAAGCAGCUGCAGUCACAGUUUGAGCGGCUGGUGGUGUUGGACUAUGUUAUUAGGAACACAGAUCGAGGGAAUGACAACUGGUUGAUCAAGUAUGACAAGCCAGGGGAAGGAGAUGGACAAAAGGAUGCAGAGUGGCCAGAGAGCAGUUCAGACUCCUGCAUCAAGAUCGCAGCGAUCGACAACGGCCUGGCCUUCCCCUUCAAACACCCAGACGAAUGGAGAGCCUACCCCUUCCACUGGGCAUGGCUCCCCCAGGCUAAGGUGGCCUUCUCCCAGGAGACCAGAGACCUGGUGCUGUCCCGCCUCUCUGACAUGAACUUUGUCCAGGACCUCUGUGAGGACCUCUACGAGAUGUUCAAGACGGAUAAAGGCUUUGACAAGACGAUGUUUGAGAGACAGAUGUCCGUUAUGAGGGGACAGGUUUUGAACCUGACGCAGGCACUGAAGGACGGGAAGAGCCCCAUCCAGCUGGUGCAGAUGCCGCGGGUGGUGGUGGAGCGCAGCCGCUCAGGCGGCCAGGGGCGUGUGGUCACACUUGGCAAUGCCUUCACACAAACCUUCCACUGCAAGCGCCCCUUUUUCUCCUCUUGGUAGUCACAGAUGGGUGCGGAGGGGGAGCUGAGGAGAGACGUCAGCAACAGCUGAAGUCAGGAAGCGAAAGAGAAGGCUGCUCAUAUUUCUUUGGCUAGAAGAGAAAUGAAGAGGAAGACACGAUGAUUGGAAGUGAGAACAAAGAAUUUGCACUCCUGCACAUUCCUCAUUUUGUGAAGAGAGUGCAGAGAAGCAUGGGACCUGGAGAGAUUGGCAUACCAGUGUCUCCCAGAGUCCUUGGGGCUGUUUACGGUUACCACGGUGACUUGAUUGGAUAAUCGGCUUUUCCACAGAGUUGGGCUUUGUUUACUGUUAGGCAGAAAGGUUUUUUUUAUUUAAACCCACCCAAAGUACCUACUGAAGUCUCUUGCAAGGUGUCUUAGUGGGAUGAAUGGCCAAAGAACAAGCACUAAAACCUCAUGUGCACCUGAUAUUAAAAUGCAGUCUGUAUCCAGACACGUCUCCUGGAUUAGGAAAAACGUGUAUUAAAAAUGCAUUGUAAUCAGAAUAUGGCUGGAUCUGACUGACCACAUCUGGAGAUGGUCUAACUCGUAUUGUGUUUGGAUCUUAAGAAGGUGUGAACGCAAUAUGUACAACCUGCUGGCUGUACACAAGUGCUACAGAUAUUUGUUAUUAGCUAACAUAAAGAAAGGAAGCAGGAAGGAUGAAAGCAACACGCCUCUAAUUACUGAUUACAUGUCAAUUCUGUGCCAUGAAAGCACCAAAAGAUGUGUUAUUUAACAACUGUAUGAAUGAAAAUGAAAGGAAUGUGGAUUGGAAAUGAAUGAUAUACAGUAAGAAUUAACUGUGUGUGCACUCAUCUGUGCAGCUGAUCUGCCGUUAACAUUUAUCUAGUCACAGCUUUACAAAAAGUGUGAAGUUUCCCCCUAACUCAACAACUCGCAAAUCUGUGAUUAUUGUAAACAAAGGCAAGAUCAGAUCAUUUAGUAUCCUGUUCACAUAUCUGGAUACAGAUCCCUUUUAAACAGCAGGUGUACGUGGGGCGUAACAGAUCUGAGGUCUGGUGGUGUUUGGACAUCUGAAGGACACAGAUCUCUCCAAAAAGUGAACGUUUUUCUUUUCUUUUUUUUUAAAUCUGGGACAGUGUUUUUCCUGGUCUGGGAUGAAGACUAAAAAUAUUUGCUUUGCCUUGUAGGAUUACUUAUUAAAAUAUAGAUGUGCACUUGCACUGCUGGAAGUGUUUGACUAAUGCUACACAACUGGGUCAAACCGCUCUUUACCCAGUGCUACUUUCUCAAAACCACAUCUUUUGAAGACACUGGGUUUGUGUUUGUUCAACUCUCACUACUGCCAAAAUCUGUCUGUGGAAGGAAUAUUUGAAAGCCUCAAGAAAAGAAUAUUGUUGAAACUUGAAUAUGGAGUCUGGAGGACUAGUAAUAAACGCAUUGCUUGAAUGUAAUCUGUUUACGGUUUCUAUACAGAUUCUUGCUCCUUAACAUUUCAAUACGAGUGAAUGCUGUCAAAAAAUCAACUUUUCUUGUAACAAUGAAUGUAUUUGUUGUUUGACAUAUAUUUAAUUGCUGGCAAGCAGCUUUCUCUUGAACCUCGUGUCACAGGGGAUGGCACCCUGCCUCUCUCCUUUAUCACAUGUUAUAUGAAAAGGAAAAACAAAACAGAGGACAAUGUUUCACACUUGCUCGAUGCUGUUGUGUUUUCUUAUGUAUGCAUCUUGAAGUUUUUAUUCCAACUCAAUGAUUGUAUGAAAAAAGUUGUAUAUUUAACAAAUGCAAAAUAAAAUUUGGGAAA